UUUCAGACUAUUAGUGUUAACUAGUAAGACCAGUCAGUUGUUUAGUUUCUAAUCUCAUUGUAUAAAACAUAUUAUUUUAGUAAAUUCUUGAUUCGUUUCGGUAGAUAUACUUAUGUGGCCAUUUUUCUUUAAUUUGAAGUGUUUCUUACCGUGAGAGAACGUGUAAAAAUAAUAAUCUAAAUGAUAUAAGUGAAGAUGUCUCGUAAUAGAUGUGAUGGUUUACUUGCGAAAGUAGAUUUUCCUCUUUAUACACUCCAGACCCUCACAGACCGUCAUGUCCUCGUUGCAGGAGGCGGUGGGGCGUCAAAUACAGGCGUAGCAAAUGGUUUCGAAAUUUUCGAGUUAUCCUACAAUGGCACAAAAUUCGUUGCCGAAGAGGUGAUGAGAUAUGAAACUGGUCCGAACGUCGUGAUGACAUGUUCCGUUCAGAACGUCGAAGAUCGUAUCUAUCUGGCGGCCGGUCAGGAGAGUCAUUGUCAGUUGUAUAAAGUCAAUGUGCGGAUGGUAGACCCAGCCGAGAUGCGCCGCGGCAGCUUCAGGGCGGAGAACGGACUAGUGCGUCGUCGACGGACAGUCUCAGAAAAUGAUAACAUAUCAAAAAAUAGUGGCCCAGAGAAAAGAAUGUCUUUUGAAAUAAGGCCAUGUGACAGUGUACAAACUGAUUUUGGUAAAGAUCCCUUACAGAGGGUGGUAACUAUCAGCCAUGACGGUAAGCUGAUGGCGACCGGAGGCGUCGACGGCAAAGUUAGACUGUGGUCAUUUCCAAAAAUGCAACUAUUAUUUGAAUUAAACGGUCACACCAAAGAGCUGGACGACCUGGAUUUCAGUCCGUGUAGUAAACAGCUGGUGAGUAUCGCCAAGGACGGGCUUCUAUUGGUGUGGAACGCCAAGGCCGGGGGCGCUCCGCAGGUGAAGCUGACCUGUCCCGAGACGCACGGCGGCCGGUACCUGUUCAGGAGGUGCAGGUUCGGAGCGAUAGAAGACGUCCAAGGCAAGUAUCGCAUGUUCACGAUCGCAAACCCCCUGACGCGCUCGGGGAAGGCCCGAGGUCUGCUCCAGCAGUGGGAGCCGGUCAGCGGGCAGGUCUGCCGCACCGUGGUCGUGGCCGAGUCGCUGUCCGCCCUGGCCGUCAGGGACGAUGGGCGGUACGUGGGCGUGGGCACCAUGUUCACCGGAUCGAUACACAUCUACGUGGCGUUCAGUUUACAGCGCGUGUUGCACGUGUCGGGGGCUCACGGUAUGUUCGUGACGGGCGUUCAAUGGGCGCGCGCGGCGUCUCUGCCACACUGCGAGGCCGCGCUACUCUCCAUCUCCGUCGACAACCGCCUGGUUGUCCACACGCUGCCCUCACCAGGGUCGAUGCCGGCCUGGGUCGCCGUGCUCCUCAUCGUCUUCGUGUUGUUCUGCACCUUCUGCCUCUGUUCAUAUUUGGGAAUCUAACCGGAGCGACGUCGGGUACGAGGAUAGGUUUAACGUGUAGGAAGUUCUUCGGAUAUUAAGAUGGAUGUAAUUAUAUAUAUAUAAAUAAAUAAUGUGGGACGAUACGUUUGUAUAAAUAGAAUCGAUUAAAUGGAGUGCUGGAAACAAACGGCUUUUAUUGUUCGCUGUGACGUCACAGCGAGCGGAGCUCGGAAAUGAAAGCAGGCUGUGGUUUUUAUAACAUUUAAUUAAUUACUCAAAACAAAUAACAUAAAGACGAUCAUCGUAAUCGCUCGGCAAGUUGCAUUGAUUGAGGCCGACUAGAGAUCUAUGCUACGGCACACGGACGACACGCGGCGCGGUCGCACGCCGGCGCUGCGGAGGCUCGCACGGAGCGGACAGGCGCCGGCGCGAUAACAAUAGAGUAAUCGGAAGACUGAGGACAUACUGUGUGUAACUCGAUGAAACGUGGCGCCUUACGAGACUCGGGUCGAUAUAAACACUAGCGUAAUGUUUUACAUUUAGUUCAAAAAGUCACAAACUCGUACAGAGCCUCGACGAACAGUGUAUAUAUAAGUAAAGAACAA